GAUCCGGCGCUAGCAGCGGAGGCUGCGGAGGAAGACGAGUGCCCGCCGCCUCGCCAGCUUCAGCCCCCGCAGAAUGUCCUCGCUGCCCCGCGGCUUCGAGCCGCAAGCUCCCGAGGACUUGGGGCAGCGGAGUUUGGCGGAGCUGCGGGAGAUGUUGAAGCGCCAGGAGAGACUUUUGCGCAACGAAAAAUUCAUUUGCAGAUUGCCCGACAACGGUAAAAAAGUUUUAGACUCUGUUGCCAAACUGAGAGCUGCCAUUGCAGAAUGUGAAGAAGUUAGAGGAAAAAGUGAACUGUUUCAUCCUGUUAGUUUAGACUAUAAGCUAAAGCAAAAAGCAAUUGCAGUUGACGUGGACGCAGAUAAGGCUCAGAAUUCUGACCAGAUACUUGAUACUUCAUCACUAGUUCCUGGCUGUUGUGUAGAUAACAUCACAUCAUCUAAAACAACCUCCCAACAGGGACUUGUACAUUCUAGUCACAGAAGUGAUGAAGAGGCUUCCCAGGUUGGGCACACAGUGAACAAGUACCCAGCUUCCACCAGCAGAGCCAGUCUGCCUUCUUCACCUGAAGCCAGUGAGCGUCUCCCUCAGCAUCUUGUGUCAGGUCAAGCAGAAGAUAAUUCUAGCAGCUCCGACAACCUGUUUGUUGAUAGGUUACAAAGGAUCACAAUUGCAGACCCAGAUGAACAACGCACAGAAGAAAACAUGAGGACUGAGAACUUGACAGGCCUUCAUAGUGGGACACAGAAGAAACCUCAUUACAUGGAAGUGCUAGACAUGCGAGCCAAAAACCCAGUGCCCCCACCACGUAAAUUUAAAACCAAUGUGCUACCAUCACAACAGAAUGACUCAUCUGGUCAUGAGCAGAGAAGAGGCCCUCCUGUUUCCUCAGAGGAAAGGCGGCGCAGGGAUAAGCAGCAUCUUGAUGACAUCACAGCAGCUCGGCUGCUGCCACUACACCAUAUGCCUACACAGCUGCUCUCCAUAGAAGAAUCUUUGGCACUUCAGCAACAACAGCAACAGAGUUAUGAGGAGAUGCAAGCCAAGCUCGCAGCACAGAAAUUAGCUGAAAGACUGAAUAUUAAAAUGCAGAGCUAUAAUCCAGAAGGGGAGACUUCGAGGAAAUACCGAGAAGUAAGGGAUGAAGAUGACGAUCAGUCCUCUGAUGGUGAAUUCUGAAGAUGGGCAUUGGGAUACUCUCCUGACUCUCUGCCUGUUUAGAUGUCCUUUUCUUAACAUCAGACUUUCUAACAAGUAUCAAGAUCAGUGUCAGAUGUGGAGGGAAAGAAUUUUAUAAAGUUACACAACGGUAGCUAUAAAAAUAGUUCGUCUUUCAGAAGAUAACUUUCAUGUACUGGAAAAGUUUAAUAUUUGAAUAUUGUGUUUAACCACAUUGUAUUAAAGUUUUGCAGUAUGUUAUGUGUUGUCUAAUAUUUUAGUAUAUAGUAGAGCACAUUUUUUUCUCUAAGCCAAAUGAAAGCAGGUAAUUGCUUUUUUCCCUUCUUUUUACCUGUAUCAAGUAGCAUUUAUUACAUCCCUUUCAGUGAAAUAUUUAGUUGUCCCAGGCAUCACCUAAAAUGAAUUAGGAAGAUCUAGUUCCCUCUUCUUUUGAGUAAUGAAGGGAGCGGUCUAAAGAAUUUUAUGCAUGUUUGCCUGGGUUAUUGAGGUAUUGGAUGUGAAAUACCUAGGCAGACACAAAAAAUGCUUAAAUGUUUGUUUCCUCUGUCUUCCCUUGGAAGGAUGUUAUCUAUCUUCUGGUUUCAAAUAAGGAGUACAGUUGACCCUUGAACAACAUGGGGGUUAGGGAUGCCAACCUGCUCAGUCCAAGAUUGUGUAUAACUACUUAUUUUAGUUGUUACUGGAGGGUGGAUGGUCUUUCUAAAUGACCAGCUUUGCCCAGAGUAACAUGAAAUACAGGAAAGCCUAAGUGACUGAUGAAAGUGAAGGGAGUAGAUGUUUUUAUGUUUGACCUGACUUGAGUUCAUUGCUCUUAGCAGAUGAUAGAUUCAGUUUGGUAAGAAAACCAUUUUUUUUGUUUUUAAGCUACAGUUGAAUUAUCGUCAAUACAUUUUCCCCCCAAAGAAGCAUACAUACGUAGGCUACAGAAACCUCAAUCUAUAUAUACAUGUUUAUAGGGUUAUAUGAUUGUCUCCAGAAAAAAUUAACUCUUACGUUGUCAAAGAUUUCUUAAGUAUGUUGGAGCUUUUACACAGUGUUGAAAGCAAGAAUAAAAUAUUAAUUAGAGCUACUUAAAAUAUUAAGGGUGAUGUUUUACUGGUGCUUAAUUAAAUUACUUUAAAAGAGACUUUUCAUAUAUGUAAUUUUAUGGAAAAUACAUUUAGGUCAGAUGUAUUUUCUGGAGAGGAAGGGCUCAGUUCUGUAUUGUGCACUUCCAGGUGCAGCUUCUGCUUUCCAUCCCCCAUCCCCCCCAGAAAAGCAAAUUAAAACUAUUGAGCUAACAGUUUCAUUAUUUUCAGUUUUUAAAACUCAUAGUGAAUGAUUUCACAACAUAAAAUUUUGAUGUUCUUUUAUUAUAGAAUGGAAUGAUAUAUGUUAUGUCUGGAAAGUUGGGUAAUGUGGAAGGGUUCACAUUCAUACACACACAAUCCCCGUAAUUCUACUACCCAGAGAGAGCUUCUGUGAAUACUUGGAUAUAUGUACUUUUGCAUAUUUUUUCUAUGCAUAGCUAUCCAUUUAUAUUUUCAAUUGUGCAGUCAUACUAUACAUUAACUCAUUGUCUGUUCUAUAUAUUGUAAACAUUUUUCCAUAUUAAGAGAUUUGCAUUUUAGAUAGCUGCAGAAUACUGCAUUUUAUGGGUGAACUAUAACUUAAAAUCAACUUAGUGUUUAACAGUUUGUUAAUUAUAAUGUAACUGUAAAUGAUGCUAUCAACAUCUUAAAAGAAUCACAUCUGUACAAAA